UCAUGAGAAUGAGCGCCGAAAAGCCGAACGUUCAUUUGCUGUGCUGCAAAAGAAGUACGAAGUCGCUGAGAGUGAUGAGCAGAUGUGGAAGGAGAAAUGCAAGACGGCGCAAAGAGAUGCGCGGGAUGCACGAAAGGAGAAGGAAGAACUAAGCAAAGAAUGAAAGAGCUGGCGGAGAGGACGAGGGAGUUCGAGCAUCGUGCGCACAGAAACAAAGUGGCGUACGACAAAUACAAAGGGAAAUACGAGGCUCUGAAGGAAGAGAACACGCGUCUUCAAAAAAUCCAACAAAUCGCAAAGAAUCCAGAAGAACAAUCGCUCGUGGUUGUCGAUAGAAACGCCCCUGACAGGCUUGAGCGUGCAGUUGACAAGGACUGGCUGGACGAUCUGUGUGAGGUUCGAGGGGACAAUCUCGAUGAUGUCGACAGCGAUUAUGGAAACGAAUCGAGCAAGGAGAAUGAAGAUGAAUGGGAGGGUCACCAGCCAGGGCCCAGUCAUGGUGUUGCGUGGCUACACGGCAGGCGAGCAACGGAGAGCGUGGACGACCGCGAACGACCACUUCCCGAGGAUCGCCCGUACCGCCCAGCAGUUAGUUUCAUUUCUGAUUGGAAUCUCGAAAGGGACGGCACUGGGCACAACAAAGUUGCUAAGACGAAUAAGCGGAAGAAUGAGGAGGACGCCGUCUUGGGAGCGCGAUCGCCCAAGGUAGUGAAAAUCUCCUUGCAACCUGCCAGACCAGCGAAGGGAAAGGGAAGGGCUACUGAAGAAAGAGGUGAUGCAAGACCGCUCUCGUCUUCCACGCAGGUGCCGGGUUCUCCGCUGAAAAGAGCCCCUGCAUCCAAAUCCAAGACUGACUUGCCAAUAAAGCUGGAUGCAAUGGGUCGUUUGAUGGGCAUUGCGGUACUAGGGUCAAGACGUAAGUUUGACAAGAAUUCAUGAGUUCAUCAAGGACGCUCGGACUACGAUGUAGAUGAACGUCUGUACCAUCAUCGCUAUUGUUUGUUCAUACCCU